AAAUAACUUCUUAGCUCCCUCUCUUGCCUUCUUCUCCGCUUCUCUUUCAAUUCGUCCAAACGCCAAGCUCGAUCCUUUAGGUGCGAUUUCCCGCCUAACCUGGAUUUCUCCGCGACGAUGUCGAACGCGCUUGACAUGUCGCUCGACGAUCUGAUCAAGAACAACAAGAAAUCCGGCGGCGGAAACCGUAAAGGGAAGCGUAGAGGAUCGAGCGGUCUCGGUCCGACCCGCCGGCCGACAAAACGCUCCGGAAGCCGGCCGGCCACUUAUCCGCUUGGCAAGGCGCUAGAAUCGGCAUGGCAGCACGAUAUGCACUCCAAUCGGAUGCCGGCAUAUUCGUCUCCGGCGACUAGGGUUUCUUCUCUAGAGACCGGGAGCAAGAUCUAUAUCUCUAAUCUUGAUUAUGGCGUCUCAAACGAGGACAUUAAG